CUCAGUCAGUCAGUGCCCUUUGGUUUGAUCGGAACAUUUACUUACAACCCUUAUUUCCAAGAUCUUUUAUAAGUUUUGUAAAUCUCUUUGUAACAACUUUACCACACUUCGCAAUGAAUUGCAUCGGGCAAAUCAAUGAUCUGUUUUGCCACGUGGUGCGCACCUACCUGGGCAUAACCAUAUACAGUUGCGAAACCUACUCCAUCUGGAAGUUCCCGGCUGAUUUCAAUUCGAAACUGUUCUACUAUGUUCUCGGCAUCAGUGUCCUUGGAGCGCUCUACAAUGUUCUGAAAAUCAUUGACCUUUCCUUUCGGAAAUACGGCACUCCUCUGGUGAGGAUGGGGCGGCCAAGGAAAGUCAUGAAUUUGAGUGGCAAUCAAAUGCGCCGCUUUCGAAUCGCCGAAUGCUUUUUAUUGACCAAGGCGUGGACACUAAUGAUAUACGCCUUGGUAUUCAUAAAGCCGCAUUACAUUAAUCCCUGGGUGCUGCUUUGUGGCACCACCUUGACCAUCGAUGUGUUCAUCCUGGCAUUCGAUGUCAUGCGUCAACUCGAGAUAGGCAUGAUCCCCUUGAUGGUCCUCUGGUUCAAGUUGUCCAGCAUGUGCUGUGUCCUCUGCGUGCGGUGGCUCCUCCAGCGACUGAUCGAGGUGCAAUAAGGGACGCAGGAUUUUGUUUUUUUUGGUGAACAUAAGGGAGCUAUCUAAGGAUGCUCCAAAUUCUCAGUGACAUGUUUAAACAGAAAUAUUCAAUGUUAAAUGAAAAAAGAACUACUGAAGCAGCAGGGAGUUGAAGAGCGUACAUGUACUGCCCUGCCAUUUGAAGUCUAGCUGCGGAAAAGUCAAACUCAGCCGGCUUGUAAAGCCAAGGCUAACACACACAGCUGUCUUGGCCACAGUUUUCCCAGCGUAUGGACCGCUUCUGUUUGUUCGGGAGCCCACUUAACACAAUGUUUGUCUUGGCAAUUACACGCGCCUCCUUCAGCGCUGUCCGAAA